AAUUCGGGUUGCAGAGAGAGGGAGAUCAUGGCCUGGGGUUGAAGAAGGGGUUUAUGAGGUUGGGGGUUUAGGAGAGCUUGCUGUUGCAGCAGCAGCAGGCGUACCAGCAGGAGCAUCGUGUCGAGGAAGAAGCCAUGUUUGCCACCGCCGUCUUGUGGGCCAGAAAGCUAGGCCCUCGCCCCAUCAAGGUCCAGAACUUGGGCGAGCAGGUGCAUCUUGCGUCCCAGACGCUUCACAAGAUUCUUGAGGAGCACGGGCCGAUAACUGUCUCCGAGUGCUGGAACCAUGCUUCUCAGAUGCAGAAUCACGGGUUGAAGAGCAAGCGGCAUAUGAAGAUGAUGUUGAGGUGGAUGAGAGAGAGGCGGACAGUGAAGAUCGUUGUUAAACACGGUGAAGACGGAAAGUCGACAAAUCCUAAUGACAGGGAGUUCUUGUUCUCUGUAGUUCAACCCAAGGUGGAUGCGAUGCAAUCGAAGAUUAAUCCAGGCGAUUCUUCUCUUCCGGCUGAGUAAAACUGCCUUGAACAUUCAUCGGAUCCUCAUUUGGAAUCCUGACCUUAAAUUUUGAUGACGAAGGACAUUGAGACUCAGAUGUUUUUCUGUGAGCAUGCGCUGGUGAGAUUGCUAAUUUAGGGUUUAUUCACAGUUCAAUCUCAAUGUCUAUCUUAGGAGUUUCUUCACAAGUGAUUAUCCUGUACAGUCUUGUUACUUCUUUAAUGCAGAACUUUUAAUGCAGAACUCCAGUUCUGGGAUGAGUCAAAAGUGA